UUAUUUAAAGCCCAAUUUUCAUUUCUGCAUUAAUCGGCAGUCGGUUCACAUAGAUAGAUACACUGAAAUUUGGUGACGCUCCUCCAUCCUUCCACAAGCCGCCGGCGCCGGCGCCACUAGAUUCUCACCGUCGCGGAGAUACAUCGUUCCAACUCUGAUGGCAAAUAAAGAAGGAAAAUCUGAGAUUGUUGUGGGCAAAUGCAAUUCUGAACGUGUGAGAAUGAAGUACAGGAGUUCAACUAAAAUUGAGUUUCUUCCAGAUGAAUUAGUGUUCAACAUUCUCGUACGUCUCCCGGCCGAAGAUAUUUACAACGACGCCAUGCUCGUUUGUUGGAAGUGGUACCGUACGAUCCAUUCUCGUAACUUCAUAGACUCGCACCUCCGCCAUUCGACUCCCGGAAUUCUUAUCCGGAAUUUUAAUUGCAAGAAUAACGAUUCGAUUAUUGUGUCGAUGAGACAAGACCGACUUGUGUUAUCCGAGUUCAGUUACAAGUUCGCAGGAGGAGGACCUUGGUCUUGUUGUAAUGGUUUGAUAGUCGAGUACGAUUACUCGAAGCGUUCUCUUCGGAUUACAAAUCCUGCGAUAAAGCGACACUUUGCCAUCCCUCAAUUUAUCCGCCCGAGAGCACACGUCAUAUAUCCUAGUAUAGCUUAUUCGGCUGCUUCCAAGGAGUAUAAAGUGGUUCUCACAUACGGUAUUUCGGACGGCGAUUCGUACGUGCCGCGGUUGGCUAUAUUGACUGUCGGAGUUGACCAGUCCUGGAGGGAUGUUUGUACACCGCAAUUAUCGGAGGAUAUGAUAAUUAUUGCUCCGUUUAUAUCCGAAGGUUUUAUUCACUGGCCUUUAGAACGAACUCAUGUUCUGACCUUGAACGUGGCGACUGAAGUUGUUACGAAGACUCCUCUCCCCGAAGGUUGUGAUAGCGGAUUUAAAUUUUAUUUGUCGACUGGAAAAAACCUAUCUUUGUUCGUUAGGUGCACGGUGUUUUCGUUGGAGGUUUGGGACUUGGAAUCGGAAAGUGGAGAGUGGACGAAGAUGAAUAAUAUUGACUUGGAAUCUCAGAGGUCCAAAUUUGAGGACGUUUACUGUAAAAAGAAUUCCCGUAGGUUCGUGCUCAUUCCAACUGUUUGGUUAAAAUGCAAAGAGGUGUUGGUGUUUCGUUUUCAACGUCCAACUGGGGUUUUCUUUGCUUACAAUGUUCGUACACAUGGGAUCGAUUGGUUUGAGUUGGAUUGUGCUUGUCAUUUUCGUAACUUUGAAUUGCAUACAAACAGCCUCGUAUGGUUGACUUGAAGCUCGUAAGUUUGAAAGAAUGUACGGGCGUCGAUCAUGAAGGAGAAUCGAGUGAAAUUGCUGAUGAAAAUUCGAACGGUGAAAUCGAGAGGGAUAUUUGAGGAAUCGGACAAGGCUUGGCGGCGCGUGGUGGUGCACAUGGUGGGGUAACAAGAGGUGACGGCGCCGGCAAGGGAGCCAAUAUUGUAUUUAAAUAAAUUAGAAGUAGUUGACUGUUGGUUUCAAUAUAUAUUUGAGGAAUUGUAGCUAUUUUAGCAAUUUACUUUUUUAAUCAGAUUUGAUCCAAAUAAUCAGGACUAUUACAAGGGCUUUACAGA